UUUAAACCAAUAAAACACCAUUAAUUAUAAUUAAUCAAUCAGAAAAUUACUUAGGACGCGGUAAACACGUUAAUUGGGUUUUACUUAAAGGAAAAAAAACAUCGAAUAUUGAUUAAUUAUUAGCCACCUUUUCAUAACGGUUCCCGGUGAUGAACUGGGUAGGGGGCUGGAGAAGCCGUGUUAUGAAGAGCAGUGACAUGAAAAAACAAAAGGAGUUUUUUGAAAAGAAAAAGAUGGAGAAAAGAAGGAAUGUUCUUGCACCACCACCAUCACCUAAAGGAAAUAACGUCGGAAACAUGGAUCUGCUUACAAUGUUUAUUGUGAACCAAAUUGCAUUAAAGAAAGAACAUCAUUCUUGUAAACUUAAAAUAACACACCUGCCUGAUUCUAAAAAAACACAUAAAUCCAUUGGUGUGGAGCCUCUAGAGCUUCCAAUGAGUCCUUGUUCACCAUCACGCCUGAGCCUUGCACAGAGCGACCCCCAUUACAGUGAAGAUACACUUGGCUGGAAGAAGAGAAAACAACUCCUGGACGAAUACAAGUUCAAGAUGCUGUCCCCUCUGUUGGAGACCAACCUGUCUGAAAACAGUGCUUCAGAGUGUCAGAACCGCGCUCAGGACGGUGCCAGUUCAUUUUCUUCAGCAGUCUCAUCAAAUGUCGUCAAUUUACAGUCCAGACCCACAACACUCAUCCCCUGUCAGCCGCAAUCAGAGCUCUACUGCACAAACACCUCCCAGGCACUGGGGUUGUGUGAUGAUGAUCUAUGGGCAGCUAUGCACGCUCAAACACAGCCCUCUCAGACAAGCCAAGGAGAUCAAGCUCAGUUUGGGAGCAUCUUACAACGCUGCACAGAAGCAAUUGGGCAGUCCAUAAAUAUGACUGGAUACCCCCUUACCACUUCACAGAAGAAUGACCAAGAAGAGCCAUUAUUCUUAGGGUUCAGCACUGAGGAAUUUGGAGAUGAAGGUGUAUUCAGUAAGAAAUCAAGGAAGAUUACUCUUCAGGGCGAGAUUCUUACUUCCCCCACAAAAGCCCAUGAACCACAUAGCGGAGACUGCAAUGCUGAGUUCCUACCUCAGUUUACACAGGGAGUGGAGAAUACGCAGUUGAUGCAGAGCGCUGCUUCCCAUUUGCACUCAUGCUUUCUUGCAGACACUCCAGUAGCCAGGCUGUGCUCACCGGACAGGAGCGCUCCAACAAGAGUGCUAUCAUUCAGCCAGAAUGUGACAUCCAAACCAAUGAUUGGUGACAAAUCUACCAGUAUACGAGACCAGGGGACACAAACUGGACUCGUUUUACCAGCAACAUCUCAAGACGCCUCGGUGCAGUGUUGCCUGUUAAAACCACGCAAGCCACCCGAGCUCAGAUCUGUACUUCACCAUGAAAGAACAUGCAAAGCUCCUGCCACUAGGAGGCAUACAGGUCACAUCAGCAAGAGACAUCAAGCUCCAUCAGACAGCCAUGAAGUGAAUUGGAACACGCCCUGGAUUAUGACGUCAUCAAGGGAGCCCACACAGCGUGGUCCAGAAACAACCAGAGGACGUGGAAGUUCACACAAAGCUGACAGCCAGGCAUGCAUGAGAAAACAACAGUUAUUGCACCACGCCCACACAAACGCUGCAGAACCACAUAAGCAGCUGACAGAAAAUGUUUUGAUGAUAAGAAAGUGUGGAGAUAAUGAGAACAGUACAAAGCAAAGCCCCACUGAAAAUCCUGUGCAGAGUGAGGAACAUGACGGUGGAUUCUUAGCUGAAAGGGGUAAGAACCGGGUCUCAGAGGAGACAGGAGCUCUUCAGGAGAUUGCAGACAUUCUACUCAUGAUGAAGCAGAAAAAUAAGCAGUCAUGAGAAAGUCAGUGUUGGGGGAUGAGUCGGACCCGCUCUUCUGUAUGUUGAAGAUACAGCGGUUGCUAAUUUACUGUUAAUGUUGAGGAAGAAUGUAGUUUCUUAUAUUUGACACUGGCUUCUAGGUAAAGUGUUCUUUAUUAUACAAUACACAGAGAGGAAAAGCUUCUUGAA